GCUCGGCCAGUCUGCGCGCGCGACUCGCCCGGAACGGUCGUCCCGGCGACUCCUCCUGUGGUAUACCUUCUCUCUUAUCAGUGCUUAUGGUAACAUGUAGUUUGUUUUUUUUUUUGGACUCUCGAUUCUUUCGCAUACCGACACUUUCGUUGUAGUGUAGCGAUGUUUUGCGACUGUUGUGCUGUGAACUGGUGACCGACUUUUUCGUUUGAAUUUGAUUUCGAAGAUAUAGUUUGCGGAAAACUCGAAGAUGGUGCUGACAAUAAUCAUGCAACGGAUGCCAUCCGAAACGCUAUGUCUGGUCGUCUUCUCGAUCGUUUCGAUAGCGAACGCGGCAAUCGUGCCUCCACCCUGGGCUAAUCCCACGAGUAAUCCUUGCGCUACACAGCCGAGAGGCUGGCAGUUGCUCUACUGGCCGGCCGACGGAAAAUGCUACAAGAUCUUUCAGAUCGGUGCGCCGUGUCCGGAGACGAUGGAGCUGAGUCCGUCAGCGGUGGGUAGCGAGACGACGGCCGAGUGCAGGUGUCCUCCGGGCACAGCUCAGUCGCCGAGAGACGCAUUGUGCCAUCCAAUAUUCACGAGAGCUUCCUGUCCGAAAGGCCAGUACUUCGCGCCCGUGCCUGAAUCACUGGUCAAGCCACCCUCGAAGAAACGCUGGGGUGUCUGCCGCGAUCCCGAGCCCUGCCUCUCGAGUAACGAGGUGUUCUGGCCCCGAGACGGCAAGUGCUACUCUCGCCACACACGUGGCCCCUGUCCCAAGGGCGAGCUUCUGAUCUUGGAUAAGGAUGGUCUGGCUGCUUGCGCCUGCUCGAGGGAUGGCGAGCUAGGUAAAUUCUAUUCACCCUACGGUGGCAUCGGCUGCUACGAGCACUACACCAAGGGACCCUGUCAGGAACCUGGUGAACUAUUUCUGCCCGGAGGCAAGUGCGGCUGCCACGAGGACAUGCCUCAGUUUCACAAGCCGACGAACAUGUGCUACCAGUUGGGCGGCGUAGGUCCCUGCGCACCCGGUCACCAGUUCAACGUCCCAUCAGACGGGGCAUCUAAGCCAGUCCACGCGACCUGCAGCUGCAAGCCGAACUACGUGCUCUACGAAGACGGAAUCUGCUACCGCCUGCACACUCAGGGCCCUUGCCAGUCGGGCGACAUGCUCGUCAAUUCGACCACCUGCGUGCCAGUUCCCUGCAAACGAGGCAGGCUGUACUUCCCUCGUGAGCGCACCUGCUACAAGAUCGGCUCGAGCGGUCCCUGUCCCAGUGGCCAGGUCGUGCUCUACGACUACAGCGCUCGACCCUCGGUCGAUGGCAUUAGCUACAACGGCGUGUGCGGCUGCACCGGUGCCCUCAAGAGCGCCGGCAAGUGCGAGGAGGCCCAGUUGGCUGAAAAGUGCGAGGAGACGCCGGGUAUGGUGCUAAUGAACAACACCUGCCACAAGCUGUACACGCAGGGGCCCUGCGCCGAGGGCGAGUGGCUGGUGGCACAGAGGAGCGGCAAGGUUGGCAGCAGCGCUGACGACGAACUCUUCAGAAACAGGACGCCGAUGGCCAAGGCCCGAUGCGAGUGUAGGCCCGGAUACAAACGGACCACUGAGCUGGAGAGUAACAGCAUCGUCGUGCCAGGCAAGUGCCAGGCGCCGGCCGUUGGCCUCGCCAAGUUUCUCAACGAGCACGUCAAGUCGGUGACCGUCUGAUGAUGAUGAGCUGUGAUUUACCAGUGUAUCAUGGACACUUGUGACUUGAGUGAGAUGACUUUCGAGGAUGUUCACUAAGCGUAAUUGGUUAUGUGUAUUAUAAUGGUUAACAGUGGGAAGCGUUGUACCUGUCAAAUUCGCGAUUUCCGUUGAAAGACGGAGACGUUCGAUUUGAUUGUGUGUUUUGGAUAUCUGGAAGGUUGUGUACAUACUUAUGUAGUAUUAAGUGAGAAGUAUCGAUUAAGACGAGUACUGGACUUCUUCGUGCGGUUCUAGACGAUUCAGAAAUGCUCGAUCGAACGAUGCCUGGUAUACGGUGCGUCUUUUUCAUAAGAGUAAUUUAGGACUGCGUUAAUUUAUUGCUGCAUUCAAGGCAAAUUGUAAAUACUAUUAUCUGUACUAUUGACUUUUGUUUCUUUAACGAAGACUGCUUUCGACAAGAAAACUCGUGAGUUUUCUUCCAAACGAAUGUAAAAAUUGACCGACUGUUUAACGAUAAUAAAAAGAUAUUAAUUUAA